ACCCCCUGCGGCGGGAGGAGGAGGAAGGAGCCCGGGGGGAGUGUUACCCACCCCGCAGGAGCGGGUGGGAACCCCCAAGGGGUGAUCCCGGGGGGAGGAACCCCGCGGGGGGCGGUCCCUGGGUAAGUGCAUCAGGGGGUCGCCGUGUUAGUCUGGAUCCGUAAACGCGGCAGAGAGGCCUGGGGCACCUUCUAGACUCACCGGGGUGCUGGAGCGUGAGCUUUCCGGGGUGACUCCCCGCUUCCUCGGCGGCACGUAGUGGAAAUUUCCAGAGGCAGGUAUACAUAUGCAAGCCAGAAUCAGGCUGGGGAUAAGGAGGUUAGUGCAAUCAGGGAGGAUGAGGCCCUCUUCGAGCAGAUGAGGUGUGAACGCCAAGGGAGGAGAAACGGCUUUUGUGGUUGGCGAGCCAGUCACAGUCUUUGCUUCGUCCUGAGCUGAGGGGGUCAGAUUUGCAAAUGAACUGAAGCUCUGCAGUUUCUCUUUGAAGUCUGGUCCUGAAGUUUUUUUUGCUGCGGGAUGGCUGCCUUUACAUCUGCUCCUGUGUGUCCAGGGAGGUUGAAGUGUUCCCCUACAGGUUUUUAUAUAUAGCCAUUCCUAAUAUCUGAUUUGUGUCCAUUUAUCCUUUUACGUAGGGACUGUCCAGUUUGGCCGAUGUACAUAGCAGAGGGGCAUUGCUGGCACAAGAUGGCGUAGAUUACAUUGGUGGACGUGCCCGUGAAUGAACCGGUGACGGUGUGGCUGAUCUGGUUAGGUCCUGUGAUGGUGUCGCUGGUGUAGAUAUGUGGGCAGAGAUGGCAUCGAGGUUUGUUGCAUGGAUUGGUUCCUGAGUUAGAGAUACUAUGGUGUGGUGUGUAGUUGCUGGUGAGAAUAUGCUUCAGGUUGUCUGUGGGUGAGGACUAGCCUGCCUCCCAAGGGCUGUGAAAGUGAGGGAUCAUUGUCCAGGAUGGGUUGUAGAUCACUAAUGAUGCGUUGGAGGGGUUUUAGCUGAGGACUGUAUGUGAUGGCGAGUGGAGUUCUGUUGGUUUCUUUCUUGGGCUUGUCUUGCAGCAGGAGGCUUCUGGUUACACAUCUGGCUCUGUUGAUCUGUUUCCUUAUUUCCUCGUGUGGGUAUUGUAGUUUUGAGAAUGCUUGGUGAAGAUCUGGUAGGUGCUGGCCUCUGUCUGAGGGGUUGGAGCAAAUGCGGUUGUACCUCAGCGCUUGGCUGUAGACAAUAGAGCGUGUGGUGUGUCUGGGGUGGAAGCUGGAGGCCACCCCCUGGGUGAUAUGGACCUCCCAAAGAAAGGGGACAUGAACCCCGGGAGCGCUUCCAGGAGACAAGGGGGUAUCAGCCCCCAUGGAAUGACCCCCACAGGGGUGGGGAUAUGAACCCCCAAUUGAAAUGCGCAAAGUGCGAGCCCCAGGGCGCUCCUGCUUUAUUAUAAUACUUUGCCCUUCUCUAGCUCCUUCUAACCAAGGGCUCAGCCCACAUUAAUGAGCUCACACCCAUCACCGUGAGGUAGGGGAAAGUACAAGGCCUAGGUACAGCUGACAAAGCUAGUGCAGAGAGGAAAGGUGAUUUGGCCAAGAUCCCACAGCAGCUUAGUGGCAUGGCAGGUAUUGAAUCUAGGAGUCUGGGUUUCCCACCCUUGGCUUUGAGUCUUACACACAUUAUACUGUAGAAAUGGGCGGAUUAACUUUUUCAUUAAUUCCUCAAAAGUGUGAAUAUGGUAAUUGACCUGGCAGUGAUUGUUUCCAGCAACAGAGAGAAGCCAAACAAAUUCCUUAGCAGCACCCAGAAAACUACUACAACUCACCAUCUGAGCCUCAAAGGACCGGAAAAGAACCAGACACUGCACAGCAACUGGGAAGGAACUUCAUUAUUUAAAAAACAAAUUGAAACUAGCUUAUCUCCAUAUAUAGAGGAGAGUCCCAGCAUUGAUGACUUAGAAGAAAGUUUGCGGAAACUUAAAGUUCAGGUGGACAGUUUGGCCUCAAGUCUGAGUUUUGACCCUCAUCAAGAUUAUGCCAUAGAUUCUGGCACUACAGUCAACUCGAGCACUUUUAAUUCUACGUGGCCAAGAUUUCAUAAUGGGACCUGUGCAGAGGCAGACACUGGAGAUUCACCAAAGCAAUCUGCAGAGUCAGAGUGGUUUCUGAACCCAAGACAUCUAGUCAAACCAUUGGGAGAGUAUCCAGCACUAACAAGCUUAGGCCUUCCUACAUUCUCCACAUCACCCAUCAACCGUGUUCCAGGGCUCCUGGGGAGUGAGAUUGCAAGUAGGAACUAUGUGCCAUCACUGGAUCUUGCACAUACAGAGUCUUUCCCAGUGAAGCUUGCUGCUCCUCAUGUGAUUGGAGUCAGGUCAUUGUUGCCCCCUAAAAUCCCGGUGCAGGAUCGCUCUCCUGAAAGGUCCCUCUCCCUUGAUCGUUCUGGGACCAACCGAUCCCGUUCAUUCUCUCCGGCUCCCAAAAGAAGCCGGUGGCUAAGAUCUCGCUCACAGUCACCUAGACCCAUCUGGAGACCAAAUUCUGCUAAGGCAAAUGCCUGUGCCCAGCCUCCACCGCACUUUGGCAGGUCCAGGUCCAGCAGAAAGAAAACGGCUUCAACCAGACAAUCACGAUCCAGAAUAUACAAACCAGGAGCCCUGGCUGCCAGGUCCUGUACUCCAGCCAGGAUGAAUACAAGGGGAACACUGAGCUAUUCUUGGAGCCCUUACAGUCUGCCCUCCACCACUGUAUCCUCACCAACAGCUCAGGAGAUUAAUGAACGGUUUCUGCAGACUCUUGCAGAAGGUGCUGUUGGGAGGUCCCUGAUAGAAGUGUCCCCGUAUCAGAAGGAGCUGGCUCGUCUCAGGCUGGAGCGCCUGCGUGUGGAGGAGGAAUGGUUAUUAGAACUAAAGAGGCAGCAAGAAUUGGAGCGAACUCGGGGUCCAAAACCAAAGUGGUAUGAGAUGAAAAACUCCCAGUUUCAUUAUGAAGCCCACAAGAGUAACGAGUUGCUGAGGAACAGCCAGGACUUGCAGUCUGUAUAUAACUAUAGGCAGGAACUGGCAGCAAUGUCCAAGGAAUUCCAACAGCAUUUGAAACCUGCUCACCUGCACUCUCUCUAGUAAUAACAAAAAUGCAUGGGAAGAGCUCUAACCAACCUGUGCUGGUAGGAGAUGCAAUCCGAGAGUCCAGCCUGUGAAUUCUGGGAGGCCCAUGUGCUGUGCGUAAUGAAGAGGAAACAAGAUGGUGGAGAGGGGAAUUCUUUAGACCCAGUAGCCUAUGGGCCAGUUCCACUCCAGUGCAACUUCACUGCCUUCAGCGCUGAAGUUGGCUUAUUAUCAUAAAUAAUAACUGACUAAAUCACUAAUGCUAUUAUUCACCUCUGUACUAAGGGCCAGCAGAAAAUCUAUGUGCUGGCCUUCCGCACGGGGGGGAAAUCUUACCCUAUGAGGAAUUAUCCCGAAUCAACUUACUUGCAGUAUAAAAGAGCCUUUCACUGAAGUGGAGGGGAAAGGAUUGAGGCAAGGGAAAAGUUAAGGGAACAAAUCUAUGGAAAGAUUAUAACGAGGACCACAGAAACAGCCCUAAAGCCCUAGUUGUCAGAUCCUGCAGCUUGAGAUGAUGGGGGAAAAAAAAACUCCGAACACGGCAUUGAUUGGCUCGGACACAUUGAUAAAUAGCAUAAUGGCAUUUGUUCAGCCUUUCCACUGAUGGUGGCCUCUCUUUUCAACACUUGCUUCCAUCAAAGUGCAGUUUCAGAGCGACUCCUUGCUCUUUUUUGCAGUUUCCUUCAUUCUUUCUUUAAUCCCUUCUGUAAUUAGCUGCUGGCUAGUGGAGCAUUCCAAAAGCAGCAAGCUGCCCAGGUUCAGCUGCAAACAAAAGGUGCACUGGUUCCUGCAGCUACUUACAGAUGUUCUCUGCUGCAUGAUCCCAAGGUGCAAUGCAGGCAGUUCUGGAAGCCAAGACAAUGGCAGGCUGGUAGGUUGGUUUGUUUUGGAGACUUUAGCCUGCAGUGUCCAUUAUUUCCACAGUUUACAAGCAAACAGCCUAGGGAUGAUCCAUCUCUGUUCCCUAAACAAUAUAAUUAAUUCUACUUUAACAACUUUCUAGUUAACAUUUUUAAUUUUCCGACAGAGGCCUUAGAAUAUAUUGAUUGUUUUAAUAAAACUCUGUUAACAGUGAUCAUUGCUAGCAAUCACAGGGGGACAUUAGUAGGCCUUGGUUUGGAGCACUUCAGCUAUCCAGCACAGAUAAUCUAUUUGCUACACUGAAGGCAAAAUAUUCUGAACUAUUACAGAGGGGAUCUGGGAAUAGGGACUAAUUUCACAAGCACAGAAGGACCCGAAUAAAGAAGAUAAAUGUCA